AUGCCUCUCAAACCGUUCUUCGUUGCCAUAAUUGGCGCAGCGGUUUCUCUACAGCUGCUCAUCUUUGCCAACAUGAGCUACCUUUAUGGCUCUGCUUAUCAUGAUGGUUCGCGAUACAGCUCAAUGAAUGUGCUCUAUGUUGACUACGAUCAAGCUGUGAUCGGCGAGUCUGUCACUACAGCCUACAACGCGAUGAAAGGCCCUUCAGUCCCUACUGUUAUUCAACAUUCUCCGCAACAGUAUCCGACACCACGAGAUAUUCAACAAGCCAUCUGCCGUGGUGACUAUUGGGGAGCCAUCUAUUCUACGGCGAACGCAUCCACACAACUAUCAGCUGCGCUUUCUUCACCGCAAGCCGCACAAGAAUACGACAGCUUCCAUGCACUAAGAUACACAUGGAGCAGCGCUCGUUAUCCUGCCUACGCGCAGGGCGUGUACUCAAGCUUGGUACAGAUCACCGAAGCCGCAGCAGCGGUAUACAAGCAGACAAACGGCACGGAAGUCCUUCCCUCGAUCAACACCUCCGAUCCCUCCAUAGCGCAAACAAUCCUCGACCCGAUCUCCGUCGCCUCAACGGACCUCCACCCAAUGCCUCAAGGUGUACGCUUCUACUACAACACCGUGUCCAUGGUCAUGCCUAUCAUCAUCCAAUUCUUCUUCAUUAUGGCGCUCACUGGUAUCACCAUGCAGAACAAUCUCUUCAGCACCCUUUCACCCAAGCAAAACACCCUUCUCCGCUUUCUCAUCUCCAUAAUAUACACAUUCAUCGCAUCACUCGUCAUGACAGGCUACAUCUGGGCUUUUCGCGAAGACUGGAACGUUACGGCCAAUCAGUAUGCCCUAACAUGGAUGGCAAUCUGGCUCACCAUGCACGUUCAUUUCCUGAUCAUCGACUUUGUAACAGCGAUAGUCCCUAUGCCUUUCGUCCCUUACUUCAUAUUGACCUGGAUUAUUGUCAACGUGACAAGUACGAUUGGGCCGUUCGAACAGUCUCCUGGUUUCUAUCGGCUUGGGUACGUCUUUCCAGCACAUGAGCUGUAUGAGGUUUUGAUGGAUAUCUGGACUCAGGGUUGUAACCCGCAUUUGUAUCGCGCGCUGCCGAUUCUAUUUGCAGAGUGGGUGCUUGGGAUUGGUCUGUUUGUUGUCGGGAUGGGGAAGAGGAUGAGGGUUAGCUUUAGGGUGAUCUUUGGGAUCCGGGCCGUAGGGAGUCAGAGUCUUCGGAGUAGCACGGCUGAACGAAAGGUAUAA